GAAACAAAAGUCGUCGAUGUGCGAGGUAAACCUCUCAGCCGAGGUACAGUUAAAGGAAUGGCUUAUGCCAAAUUUAAGGUUCACAAGUUUUCCUACCUCAACAUCACUGCUAUUGGCUCGCAUUAUGUUGGAAAGGGCAGUGAGUGUGGAUUUGCUUGCGUCAACAUUCCGUCGUGUUUUUCGUUUAACCUGGCUGAAUUUCAAGAUAUCAAUGGCAAAGUUCUGUGUGAAUUACUUCCAUCGGAUUUGUACAACAACUCACACAAGCAUGUCCCUAUUCAGAGUCACCAUCACUUUAGUAUCGCAGUAAGUUGGAAAUGAAAAAAGUUUUUCAAUCUGUUUUUGUGAAAGGAAAAGGAGAGGAAUCGUAGACAAAUGCUCAUGGACGUUUUUAUUUUUUACCUUUUUAAUAAUACGCCUAAAGACUAACUGGUCCAAUCUGACAACACUGGCCAUGUAUUUUUCUUUUGAAGUUUCUCCUUAGUUUAAGGAGGGCAGUGUGUUUAAUCGCAGAAAUAGGGAGAGGGGUUAUUUGAGCAGAAGACUUAAAAAGAAAUUUGGGUAUUAGCGAGGAAGGUUUAUUGAGAGAUACUGACUCUAUCUGUAAACACGGUCCAUGAUGAUCUAUAAAAUGAUUGGUGCCACAUCUUUCUCGUUUCUUUCUUAUUGUUAUAUGUUCUCUUUAGUCUCCAUGUUUCAAAUGGCCUUGUCAGAACAAUGGGAAAUGUGCGGCACAGUACGAGAAGAACAGUUACGUGUGCGUUUGCGCGAAAGGAUACACAGGGGAACAUUGUGAAACGGGUGAGAUACAAUUUAGUGUACAUUAA